AUGGCAGGUUGGGUCGAUAACUGGUUUACGAAAAGACGCGAACGGAUGGAUCAUCUUGAUGAUGCGGCUAGCGACUCUGGAGCCGUAGUCGAUCCGGAUGAGACGAUUGAGGAGAUACAUUUUGAUUCGGAUUUUGAUUCGGAUGCUACCAUUCCUGAUCCGAAUUUUUUAAACGGAUAUGGAAGUGAAAGCGAUGAGGAUGAACUUGGACUCCCCGGUCAGUUAGAUCUGAUACUGAAAAGAGGUGUCUUUUCUACACGGCGACCGCGUUGA